AUGGAAUAUAUUGAUGGACCAUCACUUGCUAUUGCUCUCGCUGAUAACUCAGCAAUUAUUCGUAGUUUAUCUAUUCGAGAACGUUUAGAAAUUGCAUUAGGUAUUGCCAAAGGUCUCGGUGAACUUCAUUUAGCUCAAGUUGUUCAGCGUGAUUUUAAACCAGAAAAUGUGCUUCUCUCUAAACAAUCUGAUGGUAAUUACAUACCAAAAAUUGUCGAUUUUGGAGUUAGUUUUCAAUUUGCUAUCGCUUCGACGACGUCAGUCAAAGGACCAGGUGGUACUGCUGGUUAUGAUGCACCAGAAGUCGUCAUCGAUGGUGCAACACCCUCUGUAGCUUCAGAUAUUUAUUCUUUAGCAUUUACUCUCUAUGAACAACUGACUGCGAAACGUAUUUUUACUGGAAUGAAGCCAGCACAAAUUCUGGCGAAGUUUACUAUGCGUAAUGAACGUCCAAAUAAUUGGCCUAACGAUAUACCUGCUUUUCUGGCAGAUGCUAUUCAACGAGUUUGGCCGAUUGAACCUGCUCAGAGAACAUCCAUUGGUGAAAUCAUUCAUUGUAUUCGAAUAAGUCUUGAUCAAAAUCAACUAUCAUGCAUCGACAUGCUACGAGAGACUAAUAAACUACGUGAAAAGAUAGCUUCGGUUCAGCUCGAAGAUUUCAAACCAUUUGAUUUAUUUAUGCUAGAUGAAUUUGCUAAACGUAUGACGAUUGAUGAUUGUGAAAUUACGCAAAUGUUCAUUGAUGAACUACCUAGAAGUUUAUCAAAUAAAUAA